UAAGAACCAAAAAACCUACAAAGAAAAAAUAAAAUGGAAUUCCCGCGAAAACCGAAAAUUUCGUUCCACGUUGGCAAUCCUCGCGGGCCACCAAUCCACCAAUCAAAUUCUACAAAGCUCUGCAUAUAACUCCCCGCAAGGCACUCUUCUCAAACACCCCUAUUAAAUUUGAACCUCCGCUUUUACAAUUCGCGAUUGCCGCUUUCACAGCAAAAUUGAGAGUUAGGGUUAGGGUUAGGGAUUUUGAAAGAUGAGUUCCACAGGAGGAUCAACGAAAGGAGGGAGAGGGAAGCCGAAGGCAUCGAAGUCGGUGUCGAGGUCGCAGAAGGCUGGGCUCCAGUUUCCGGUGGGGAGGAUCGCCAGGUUCUUGAAAGCUGGGAAAUAUGCCGAGCGUGUCGGUGCUGGAGCCCCCGUCUAUCUCUCCGCCGUGCUUGAGUACCUCGCUGCUGAGGUCCUAGAGCUUGCUGGAAACGCAGCGAGAGACAACAAAAAAAAUCGAAUAGCUCCAAGACACAUCCAGUUGGCAGUGAGGAACGAUGAGGAGUUAAGCAAGCUUUUGGGUUCGGUCACUAUUGCAAAUGGAGGUGUUUUACCCAACAUUCACCAGAAUCUUCUCCCCAAGAAAAUGGGAAAGGGCAAGGGUGAUAUUGGAUCAGCCUCUCAGGAGUUUUAGGCCCUUUUCUUAGUCUUCUUUUUUCUUGGGGUUUUUUCUAUAACAGUUGUAGGAUAUAGGAUUUUUUUUGGGUUAUGAACAAUGUUGUCUUUUGAACAAAGCAGUUAUAUAUAGAGCUACUUAUGUAAAUUUACUUGGUUCUGUUUUUCUGCUCUGGUUUUUGUAGUACAAAAGCUGAUUAAUUUCCAUGUUUCAAGCAAGAAUGGGCCAAUAUUUGGGUUUGCA